AUGAGCUUCUUGAAAGGCAUAAUCGACUCAAUCAGCUCAAUCUUCUCGGUUUCUGAAGAAGACUCACAUUCACUACACCAAAACCCUAACUUUACCUCUACCUCUACACCAAUGGACGGCAUAGCUCCUGGAACUAGGGUUUCUAACGAACGAGUCGCGUAUAAACUGAAAGGAUACUUCGAUUUAGCUACGGAAGAGAUCGAUAAAGCCGUUAGAGCUGAAGAAUGGGGAUUAAUUGAUGAUGCCAUUGUUCAUUACAAAAGCGCUCAACGGAUUCUCAUCGAAGCAAGCUCUACGUCUUCACCUUCUUAUAUUAGCUUUGGUGAGCAAGAGAAGGUGAAAUCGUAUCGACAAAAAAUAUUGAAAUGGAAAGAUCAAGUUUCUGAGAGAUUACAAGUUUUAAAUCGGCGAGCAGCUGGCUCUUCGACGAGCAAGAACACCUUAACUCAUGCACGUACUGCUGCAGUUUCAUCAUCAACAUCAAACUCUAGACAAAACCUGUCACAGAAGUCAGCUCAUUCCACUAGAAAUAAUCCAGUAAUCAAGAAUCAGACUGAUAAAGCUAUAACUUCAAAACCAACGCAAGAUUCUGGUAAUGGUUAUGAGGCGAAACUGAUUGAAAUGAUAAACACAGCAAUAGUGGAUAGAAGUCCUUCUGUUAAAUGGGAAGAUGUUGCUGGUCUUGAGAAGGCAAAACAAAGUUUGAUGGAAAUGGUUAUUUUGCCAGCUAGGAGAAGUGACUUGUUCACUGGCCUUAGGAAACCUGCUAGAGGUCUGCUUCUCUUUGGUCCGCCUGGCAAUGGGAAAACCAUGCUCGCCAAAGCAGUUGCUUCGGAGUCAGAGGCAACAUUCUUUAAUGUUUCAGCAUCUUCCCUAACAUCAAAAUGGGUGGGAGAGGCUGAAAAGCUUGUUCGUACUCUUUUUAUGGUUGCUAUAUCCAGACAGCCAUCUGUGAUUUUCAUUGACGAAAUUGACAGUAUCAUGUCAACAAGGUUGGCUAAUGAAAAUGAUGCAAGCCGAAGGUUGAAGUCUGAAUUUCUAAUACAAUUUGAUGGCGUGACCUCUAAUCCUAAUGAUUUAGUAAAAAGAAUAUACAUACCUUUACCAGAUGGAAAUGUUAGGAGGGUUCUUUUGAAGCACAAGCUCAAGGGCCGAGCAUUUUCCUUACCUGGUGGAGACCUUGAAAGACUUGUUAGAGAGACAGAAGGAUAUUCUGGAAGUGAUCUACAAGCCUUGUGUGAAGAAGCAGCAAUGAUGCCAAUUAGGGAGCUUGGUGCAAACAUUCUCACUGUGAAGGCAAAUCAGGUAAGACCACUCCGGUAUGAAGACUUUCAGAAGGCAUUGACUGUAAUUAGACCCAGCUUAAACCAAAGCAAGUGGGAAGAGCUUGAGCGAUGGAACGAGGAGUUUGGCUCUAACUGA